AAUAUUACUUACUUACUCGCUUCUUUGUGCAUGUUCAAAGGGCAUUUUGAGCGAGAUGAAAAAAUAAACAACUCUCAGCUCGUUCACGCAUGUCUGUCUAUGUUGUGUUUCCAACUUGCAGACUUGGAUCGAUGACUGAGUUACAGACAUAGGGGAAGUCAUGGAUCAGCAAGUGGAAAAUUCAUUGGGUGAAAUGGAAGUUACAGCAGAUGGAAUAAUCUUUCCCGGGUUAGGCGGUGAAUCGGAUGACGGUCCAGACGUUGAAACAGAUGGACAACAAGACAAUCGUAAAGGUUCAGUAAAAUUGCUCGUGCCUAUGCUCAAUCAGAUUCGCUCAAUAACUGUGGAACCUGUAUUGGUCUUGAGUACAUUUGUUAUAACAAUGUACUCCAUGCUACAAAAAGAAUAUAUUUACGCUCGAAUUUCAUUGGAUUACAAUCUAACCGCAUCUGAAAGAGAAACGUCGUGCAAUGAAUCGAUUGCAAAUAAAAGUGAUCCGAAUUACAUCCUUCAACAAAAAGUAUCAUCUGAAACUUCCAAAUGGAUUUUAUAUUUAUAUAUUGCAGAUUUUAGUGUGGCUUUGUUUUCAACGAUACUGCUAGGAGCAUGGAGUGAUAAAGUUGGAAGGAAAAUACCAUUAAUGAUGUCAUGUUUUGGACUAUUCAUUUUGAUGAUGGUAUAUGUUCUUGUUGUUAACCUCAAUUUACCUGUCCCAGUAUUGCUAAUAGGACAUUUCAUUUGUGGUUUAUUUGGAGAUCUGGGAAAUAUAUUUGGAUGUGCCUUCUCCCACAUUGCCGAUGUCUCUGAUAAGCAAAAUCGGACAUUUCGUAUGGCAGUACUUGAAGCAAGUAUAGGUCUUGGUGGAUUCAUCGCAUCUCUUUCUGGUGGAGCAUGGGUUCAAGCACAAGGUUUUCGACAACCAUUUUGGUUUCUUCUUAUCAUAUGUUUCAUUAAUAUUCUAUAUAUAGGGAUUCGCCUGGAUUCUGCUUAUGAAGAUACAUUGCUCAGUAACCUUAGAUUUAUCUUCACCAAACAACCAUUUAUUCACAUGUACCAUGUUCUGAAGCCUCAAGAAAAUGACAAGGAAAGACACAUCAAUAUUAUUGGUUAUGCAAUAGCCUUUCUGAUUAUAGUUAUGGCUUCAAAUGGUGUCAGGGACCUUCUGGUUAUUUACGAGAUUGGUCUCCCAUUUUGUUGGGAUUUUUUUUUAGUUGGAAUUUCAUUGGCGAUCAGUCAACUCGGAUAUUUUGUCAGCGCUGGCCUUGUGAAAUUAUUUCCUUCCAUUAAAGCUGAAUUUUGGCUCACUAUUAUUGGUGCAAUAUCUAAUAUUUCAUCAUGCAUUGUUCUUGCAUUUUCAAAAUUCACAUGGAUGAUAUUUUUGGGACUGAUUUUGCAACUCUGUUUUGACUUGCCUGCACCUAUUAUAAGAAGUCAGAUAUCGAGGCUUGUGGCUUUGAAAGAAGUUGGAUUUGUUUUAGGGUUGCUGUCUUGUGCUCAUAAUAUUGGGUCUCUUGCAGCAUCCUUCAUUUUUAAUGGAGUUUUUGCUGCUACUGUUGAUUCUUCAUUGCCUGGUGCAGCUUUUUUGGUUGGAACUGGGUUCUUUCUUUUGUUCAUACCUUUGUAUUGGUGGGUUUAUGGAAGAUCCUAUGGUUGGGCGAAAAAAACGGAAUCGAGUACGAUAGCCCCUUAUGAAAAAAUGGUUGACGAAUUUGUUGAAUUGUAAUAUUGGAGUUGGUUUCGGUGCCUUCGUGAACUUUAAACCUUUGGUUUGUUAGGAUUUUCUCAGUUUAUGGUGCUUGUACAUGGUUUUCUGCAUAACAUCAUCAUUUUAUCAGUGUUAAGUGUCUUUCAAAAAACUAUGCAAGUGCUUGAUUUGUACCUAUUCGAUUAAAUUCAAAAAACAUUUUUUUGAAUCCGAAGUCUAUAUGCCUUCUUAUUGUUUGUUAUUACUUGCUGGUCUCUUAGUGGUAAAUUUUAUGUUGCUACCUAGAAUAGUAUAUCGUGCAUGUAGUUUUACUAAAAAUGAUACUUAGUAUUAUUGUAAUAUAUAUUUAUGCACAUGCCAGAUGCCCAGAUUGGCAGUUGUUCAUAUCAGGGGCUGUGGAUCUAUUCAAAAUUCAAAUAAAAACAGAGUGUUAUGAAUAGAUCAAAAAAGGGAGAAAGAUAUGGAAAACCAAACCACUUACUCAACGAUAAUAUGUCAUUAACAUCUUGCUUUUUUACUAUUGAAACAUGUGUUACAUCCAUUGGUUUAACAAAUGUACUGAAUUAAUAAAUUAUUUAUGACGUGA